AUGUGGCAGCUACAGCUGCUCCCACUUCUUCGUCAUCCGCCCCCUGCUCCCUCUGCUCUGAUCCAUCUACCACCACCUCGCAACGCUGCUGCUGCUCUCCCUCCCGCCGCUGCUCUCCCUCCCGCCGCUGCUCUCCCUCCCGCCGCUGCUCUCCCUCCCGCCGCUGCUCUCCCUCCCGCCGCUGCUCUCCCUCCCGUCGCUGCUCUCCCCCCCGUCGCUGCUCUCCCUCUCCCGCCUCUGCUCCCGCCUCGUCUCCCGCCUCUGCUCUCCCUCCUGCCUCGCUCACAACUGUGGUUGUGA